CGCGCAGCGCCGCGCCACACUAUCCGCACAGCCGCCCAUCGUGGACAUGGUUCACUACUUAGGCGCCAAGCCGUGGUACUGCUACCGCGACUUCGACUGCAACCUGCUGAGCAAGGAGCGGCAGUUUGCGGACGACCUGGCGUUUGACAUGUGGUGGAAGGUGCACGAUGAGAUGAGCGACGAGGAGCAGCAGCAGUGCUGGCUGCCCACGUGGACCAAGGCUGCACUGCGCGCCCUCUAUGAAGAAGAUGGAGCUAAUUGGGGAGGAUCCGAGGUUGUGGAAUGUGACGAUAGCGGAUCCAAGGGAUAAUAAGUGCAGGAAGUGGGAAGAGACGUACUCAUGCGACUGGCGAACGAUGCCAGUCGGUGCUGGACGAUCCUAAGCACUUCCGCUUCUAGACUUCCAUGUGUGCACAAUGUGUGUUCCCUUUGAAGUCUGAGCUCCUGGCAUUGUGUGGGCAUCAGCUUCCCAGCCAGACUGUGGGCAAAGGUAUGCUUGGUUACCAUGGCAUGUACUGCUAGCUAGCUCUGGUUUGGCUCAUCCAUCUAGUUUUUAGCUCCACCUGUCAAACAUAUUUGUGUAAGUUUAGUAGACUAUAGGGUCUUGCCAUAGAGAGUACAACCCACUACUAUAUACCCUUGAUACUCAUUCUAU